AAGGGCCACCCACUUCUGAAGUUGCCCUCCAGCCCAGAGAAUUACCCUUUUCUGAAGUUGCCCUCCGGCCGAGAGAAUUCCUAAAAAAGACCUAUUUUCCUCUGCCACUCUCAAUCCUCGCAGAUUUUGUAUCCUGUGCGCGGGCUGUGAUGGCUGAAACCCCCCGAAAAUCCUUCCAUUCCCCCAGAAAAGCCCAUAAACCCUCUCCUUCAACUCCCAUCAUCCCUCAAACGCCGCAAACCGUAACUCCUAGUCGAUCCUCGCGCCAAGUCUCAAGCCCAGAUCCAUCAGAUCUUCGCCGUUCAUCUCGCCGGUCGUCCCUGCAAUUCUUGGAACCUGAAAAGCGCUCUUCAAAAGCCACAAAAUAUGUGAAAAAGGGUGAAAGAUCGAAGCUUCCGGUCACUCCUGAUGUGUCAGAGGCGCGGAAGAGGAAGAGCCCUGAUGAGGGAAAUGUGGUGACUAGGGCUAGGGUUUCGAGGAAUGCGGGUUUGAUGCGGAAGAAGCGGGUUUAUUACAAGAAGGUUGUGUAUGAUGGGGGUGAAUUUGCGGUGGGCGAUGAUGUGUAUGUGAAAAGAAGGGAAAAUGCGAGCUCGGAUGAUGAAGAAUUGCAAGUGGAGGAGUGUAGGGUAUGCUUCAAGUCUGGAAGGGCUGUGAUGAUUGAGUGUGAUGAUUGUCUGGGUGGGUUUCAUUUGAAGUGUUUGAAACCUCGGCUGAAGGAGGUUCCAGAAGGGGAUUGGAUAUGCCAGUUUUGCGAGGCCCGGAAAUUGGGUAAGGAAGUUGUGCUUCCAAAGCCACCCAAAGGGAAGAAACGGAAGAGAACUGCAAGGGAGAAGCUUCUUUCCAGUGAUUUAUGGACGGCUCAUAUUGAAAAUAUAUGGAAAGAAGUGGAUGGUACUUACUGGUUUCGUGGGCGAUGGUAUAUCAUCCCUGAAGAGACUGCAGCUGGAAGACAGUCGCAUAAUCUAAGAAGGGAGCUUUAUAGGACAAAUGAUUUUGCUGACAUUGAGAUGGAAUCCAUCAUUAGGCUUUGCUAUGUAAUGAGCCCAAAAGAAUUUACCAAGGCCAAUAAUGAAGGUGAUGAUAUUUUCUUAUGUGAAUAUGAAUAUGACAUACAUUGGCACAGUUUCAAGCGUCUUGCAGAGAUCAAUAAUGGUGAAGAAGGCAAUGAAGAAGCUGACAAUGAUGUAGAUUGGGAUUAUGGAAAGGACUCAGGCUCUGAUACUGAAGAAGACAUGGAAUAUGAAGAGGAAAAUGUGAACAAUUUACCCAGUGGACCAUCCCCAGCUCAUGCAGUUGCUGCAAAUUCGUGGAAGGGAAGGAUCUUUGGGCUAAAGAAAAUUGGGACAAAGAAAAUUCCAGGGCAUGUGAGAUGCCACAAGCAGACUGAACUUGAAAGAGCAAAAGCAACACUUCUGUUGGCAACUUUGCCCAAGUCUCUACCUUGCAGGACUAAGGAAAUGGAAGAGAUAACUGCAUUUAUAAAAGGUGCCAUCUGCAAUGAUCAAUGUUUGGGACGUUGCCUGUACAUUCAUGGUGUUCCUGGAACUGGCAAGACAAUGAGUGUACUUUCAGUAAUGAGAAAUCUAAGGUCUGAAGUUGAUGCAGGAAGCAUAAAACCCUACUGUUUUGUGGAUAUUAAUGGUCUAAAAUUGGCAUCACCAGAGAACAUUUACAGGGUUAUAUAUGAGGCAUUAAGUGGUCAUAGGGUUGGUUGGAAAAAGGCUCUUCACUUGCUAAAUGAGCGAUUUGCAGAUGAAAGCAAAAUUGCCAAAGAGGAGAUCCGGCCUUGUAUUCUACUUAUUGAUGAACUUGAUCUUCUCGUAACCAGAAAUCAGUCGGUUCUGUACAACAUUCUUGAUUGGCCUACUAAGCCACAUUCCAAAUUGAUCGUGAUAGGGAUAGCAAAUACCAUGGAUCUUCCAGAGAAGUUGCUUCCCCGUAUUUCAAGCCGAAUGGGUAUUCAAAGGCUUUGUUUUGGGCCCUAUAAUUAUCAACAGUUACAAGAAAUCAUUUCAAGUCGUCUUAAAGGAAUUGAUGCAUUUGAAAGGCAAGCUAUAGAAUUUGCUUCAAGAAAGGUGGCAGCUAUUUCUGGAGAUGCACGUCGUGCUUUGGAGAUAUGUAGGCGUGCAGCAGAACUUGCAGAUUAUCAUAUUAAAAAGCUAACUUCACCUCCUGAUUCUUCUUCUGAAGGAAAAGCUCUUGUUGGAAUGGCAGAGGUAGAAGCAGCCAUACAGGAAAUGUUCCAGGCACCUCAAAUUCAAGUGAUGAAGAGUAGCUCAAAGCUGAGUAAAAUCUUCUUGGUAGCAAUGGUGCAUGAACUCUAUCAAACAGGAAUGGCAGAGACUACUUUUAAAAAGUUGUCAGUGACUGUUUCAUGCCUCUGUACAAGCAAUGGAGAAAAGUUCCCUGGAUGGGACACACUCUUGAGAGUUGGUUGUAAGCUUGGUGAAUGCAGAAUCAUUCUAUGUGAAGCAGGAGCUAAGCAUAGGUUGCAGAAGUUGCAGCUCAAUUUUCCAAGUGAUGAUGUAGCAUUUGCACUCAAAGAUGACAAGGAACUACCUUGGUUAGCUAAGUAUUUGUGAUUCAUCACUCCACCCCCAUGGUGUUCAAUUAUUUAUUCCCAAUAAAAUAUUGACUUCAAUUUUGGUCUUGCCUUAUCAAUGAUACAUUUGUUAAUUUUUGGAUUUUCCUGGUAGAGAAUUACCGUGAUUAAUUCUCAUUAUUUAAGGUUUUAAACUAUUGAAAUAUUCACCUGGAGAAACAGAAACUGUAUUUCUUAUUCAAGGAACUUUAAGGUUUGGAUAUGAGGAAAUGCUAAUGAGAUCAGUCACUACUUUCUAA